GCAUUUGUACACCUGUAUUACUAUCUCGAUUUAUAAUAACCCGCGCGAGGGAAUGUAUCUUAGGAUCUCUGCGCAGGCAGCUCAGACAGAAGCUUGACUGUUCAAUCGUGAUACCCCUUUCUUCCUCGGGAGGCAUAUGUAUUUGGUAUCGCCGUUUCUUCCAGUAAGCACCAAUGCAUGCAUGCACCCGCCUCCCUGCGCUCUCAAAUAGAUGGUGCAAGUAAAGAUGUCCAAAUCUUCCGCAGACCCUCUGUCUGGUGUAGAAAGCGCUGCUCAGUCGCACUAUUUUCAGCUAUCACGAAAGUUGCCGAAGCGCAAGGGUCGUUUUAAACGCUCAGAUGGCAGCACCUCGUCUGACACCACCUCCAGCUUCAUCAAACGACAGGGUUCAGCCGAUUCGUACACGAGCAGACCUUCGGAUUCCGACCUGUCAGCGGAGGAGGACCGCGAGGCGUAUCGGCGUGAAGCCGAACGCCAGGCCCAGCUGCAGCUCGAGAGAGCCAAGUCCAAACCUGUAGCAUUCGCAGUGAAGACGAAUGUGAAUUAUUGCGGGGCUCUAGAUGAGGACUGUCCUUUUCAGGGUGCUGCCAUAAACUUUGAAGCCAAAGACUUUCUGCACAUUAAAGAGAAGUACAAUAAUGACUGGUGGAUUGGAAGGCUGGUGAAAGAGGGGGCAGACAUCAGCUUCAUUCCCAGCCCCCUCCGACUGGAGGCCAUGAGACUCAAACAGGAGCAAAAACAACAGAGGAAAAGUGGUAACUCCUCCUCAAGCCUGGGCGACAUGGUCUCAGGAGGUUGGAGAUCCACGCCGCCAUCUGCAGCCAAACAGAAGCUAAAGCAGACUGAACACAUUCCUCCAUAUGAUGUGGUGCCGUCCAUGAGGCCUGUGGUUCUGGUUGGACCUUCACUGAAGGGCUAUGAGGUGACAGAUAUGAUGCAGAAAGCCCUGUUUGACUUUCUCAAACAUCGCUUUGAUGGGCGGAUUUCUAUAACCCGGGUGACCGCUGACCUUUCUUUGGCCAAGAGAUCGGUUCUCAACAAGAGACCCAUCAUGGAGAGGUCUAACACACGAACCAGUUUGGCGGAAGUACAAAGUGAGAUCGAGAGAAUAUUUGAGCUGGCCAAAACUCUUCAAUUGGUGGUUCUAGAUGCAGACACCAUUAACCAUCCAGCGCAACUAGCUAAAACCUCGUUAGCUCCUAUUAUUGUGUACGUCAAGGUCACCUCUCCAAAGGUCCUACAGCGAUUGAUAAAGUCGAGGGGUAAAUCACAAAGCAAACACCUCAAUGUUCAGAUGAUGGCAGCAGAUAAACUGACUCAAUGUCCUCCUGAGAUGUUUGAUGUCAUUUUGGAUGAGAACCAGUUAGAGGACGCCUGUGAGCACCUCACUGAAUAUCUGGAGGUCUACUGGCGUGCCACUCAUCUGCCCGGCACCACCCCUCUCAACCCUCUAUUGGAGCAAAAUCUGAUGACCCCACCCUCAGCAGUCUCCAGUCUACAGAACCAGCAGCUGUCGCCUGCCGGGGGUGGAGGGGGAGUGGAGGAGGAGGAGCAGGGGGAGCAGGACAGCCUCAUGCCCUCCGACGAGGCCAGUGACUCUCGCUCCCUCCGUCGAGGCGGCUCUAGCUCCCUGCACCCCCAGGAAGACGAGGAGGAGGAGGAGGAAGAGGAGGAGGAAGAGGAGGAAGAUGAUUACGAACCCCACCGCCACCCUCACCCAUACCGGGAUGUGUAUCCGCCCAACCGUAAUCACCCUGGUGGAAUCCACAGCGCUAACGGACACGAGUCACAGGACCGGCUCCUGCAGCAGCGAGACUCGCAGGACGGACACAACCAACGAAACAACCACCAGCGCACGAGAGCCUGGCCAAGAGACAACUACUGACCGCCUGUCUGCAGGAGUCUGGAUGGGAGGAUUGUGUUGUGAAUUGGGGUGAGGGGUGAUGGGAAUUGGUGAGGAACAGGAAACGCACUGUGUGUGUGUGUGUGUGUGUGUGUGUGUGUGUGUGUGUGUGUGUGUGUGUGUGUGUAUGCGUGUGAAUGCGUGUUUGUGGAUGAAGCUGCCCAUGGUUGAUGAAAAGAUCCUGUUGUUUUCUAAGCUUAUGUAGUUGUUAUUGUUUGAGGCAUUGCACUACAUUUGCUUUUAAAAGACGGGGCAGUUUUUCUCCUUUAGGAUCACAUGCAUGUUCAUAGCGAAACAACAUUUGAGCUUCCUAUGAAACCCCACCCAAGUCAAUUUUUUUUUUAUUAUAAACUUUAUUAUUUUGCGUAUCAUACGCUCUCCCUGAUCCUAAUGAGCACAGAAGGCAUUAUGGGAAAAGCACUUUUAUAGCAUGGGGUGUGAGUCACAAUGAAAGAUAUUGUAGCAUUUUGUUGCAUCUUACUUUAAUGGCUUCUCUUUUGCUAGCGCUAGUAUUACUCACGAUUUUUUGGUUCAAGCCCUCAGUCAUGGUGUUGCCUGAUUGGAGCCCGUAUUCACUUGUCUUAUUAUGAGUUGUUUAUUGGUCCUCCUCUGGAUAUCAUUCAGGCAACUGACAUGAAUAGGCAUUUUCACAGUCAUGUUCACAGAUGUAGCAAACAUUGCCAUUUGCAAAGCACCAUGUAAAUGCGGUGUAUGUAGGAAAGGAAUUCAGGUUUAUGCUCUGCUGUCGUAGAGUGAAAUAUUAUUUGGACUAUAGUCUUGGUUUGCACAUGAGGUGAAUUUCAACUCCAGAAUGAAGAAAAGCAGUCGAUCUUCCUACAUUUCCGUACUGCUGCAUAAAGAAAGAACCUAAUUAGGUCAGUGUCACUGGUUUCUUUUUCUAGGAAAUGAGAAGGACUGAAAACUGAAGUUAUUUUAUCAUCCAACAGUGGAUUAGUACCCAUAUAUUGGAUUUUUAUAGAAGUAGAUGAAGCUCAGAUUUGAUGUCCGUUUUGGGAUAGUCAUGUUGUUCCUCUGUGACUUGAUUGAGUUGAAAGUUGGUCUAGGUUCAUAUAUUAUACACAUUUGCAAGUAAUUUAUUUGUUGACCUUAUCAGAGAUAACAGCCAAUCGCCUUAAGGCAUCUUGGUCUGUUUUUGAACUUGCAUGCACAUUAGCUAGACUAACCUGAUAUUUAUAGCUAAAGAAGCUAAAUUUAGAUUUUUGUAUCAUUGUUUCUGGGUGAUUUGAACAUUUUUUGAAUGGUUGGCAAACAGUUUUGGCGAUCUCCCUAUUUAAGUAGAUAGGAGUUGAACUUGCAUGAUUGGAAACUAGCAUUACCAAAAUGGCCACUGAAUAAACUGCCUCAGAAGGAAUUUGUCUUUACCAAGAAAAAUGUGUCUCUAACAAGUGAGUGAUCUUCCUCUGCCCUCCAUUUCUCGCCACUCUUUCCUCUCCGAGGCUCUGGGCAUCUAAGGGGGCGGUUACCGUGGCCUACUUUAAAACAUAGCGUCACAUCUUUCUUUGAAGACACGUUGACUGCUAGCUAGUUUAAUUACCUUAAAGGGUUAGUUCA